AUGGCAAGAAGCCUUGGCAAGAAAAGAAAGAGAAAGGGAAGAAUGAUGCUGCCAAAAAGAAGUUUCCACCUUGCACUUGCUGCAAGAAGUCUACUCAAUUGGAAAAAUACUACUGCAGUAGAAUCAAGUCAGGCUGCUGAGGAUGUCCAAGUUCAGGAGGAGCAGGUCUUUACUGCCUCCUGCUUUGCAAGCUCGAGCAAAGUUAGGAAGAAUUGGCUGAUUGAUAGUGGCUGCACUCAUCAGAUGGCCUCAGAAAAAGGCAUGUUCAGGGAGCUAGACACCAGCUUUGUGCCCAAAGUCAGAAUUGGGAAUGGUGAGUUCAUAGAGGCCAAAGGCAAGGGCAAGGUUAUGAUUAGCACUCAGUCAGGUAAGAAAACUAUCUUAGAAUUUCUUUUUGUACCUGAUAUUGACCAAAAUCUACUUAGUGUUGGUCAGUUGUUGGAGAAGGGUUACUCCUUUGUUUUUGAAAGAAAGACUUGUGUAUUCAAGGAUAUUUUUGAUCAAGUGCUGGUGACAGUAGCUAUGCAUGACAUAUCCUUUAUUUUAGAUGUGAAUCAGUUAGAAGCAAAAGCACAUACAGCUCCGGCUGAUGAAUCAUGUUUGUGGCACAAGAGGCUAGGGUACUUUGCAUUGUUCAUUGAUGAUUGCACCAGAUUUUGUUGGGUGAGCUUUCUGAAACAAAAGUUAGAUGUGGCAAACUUCUCUUGCAAGUUCAAGUCAUUGGCUGAGAAUCAAGCCAAUUGCAAGUUGAAGACAUUGAGGUCUGAUAAUGGGAUUGAAUAUGUAUCUCAAAGGUGCUUAUUGUUUAAAGCCAAGAUGCCUAACAAUUUUUGGGCUAAGGCAUUAACUACCUCUGUGUAUUUGCUAAAUAGGCUGCCAACUAAUGUAGUCAAAGGAAAAACACCUUUUGAAGCCUGGUUUAGUCAAAAACCAAAUGUCUCACACUUGAAAAUGUUUGGUUGUUUAUGCUAUACACUGGUGCCAACUGAAAAGAGGACCAAGCUAGAGAAGAGGUCCAUGCCUAGAGUUUUUGUUGGUUACAAUAGUGUAAAGAAAAGGUACAGGGUCUUUGAUCCAUCUACUAAGAAAAUUGUUCAUGCUGAGAUUGAAGCCGAAACUGAAGAUGAUUAUGAUGAUGCACCUGUUAGAGGCACUAGAACCUUAAUGGACAUCUAUGAAAGAUGUGAUAUGACCAUUGUUGAGCCUUCCUGUUUUGAUGAAGCUACAAAGGAGGGCUGUUGGAAAGAAGCUAUGGAAGCUGAACUGAGGAUGAUCCAAAAAAAUGACACAUGGGAGCUGGCUAGCAGUCAGCAGUAUGGCAUCGAUUUCUUUGAAACAUUUGGACCAGUUGCAAGGUUGGACACCAUAAGGUUGUUGUUUGCCUUAGCUGCUCAGAAGCAGCAGAAAGUGUAUCAACUAGAUGUUAAAUCAGCUUUUCUAAAUGGAUUUCUCAAGGAAGAAAUCUUUGUUGAACAACCUGAUGGAUUCAAAGUCCUUGGUGAAGAGCACAAAGUCUACAAGCUCAAGAAAGCUUUAUAUGGCCUAAAAUAG